AGAUAGGCAUAGAUCAUGGCUGGUAAAAUCUCAUCAACAGAUGUGCAUAAAAUCCAAAGACAUAAUGUGGAUGAUAUGAUUAGCGACUUACCCGAGGGCGUUCUUCUUCAUAUUCUUUCUUUACUCCCUACCGAAGAUGUUGUAAGAACUUCCGUAUUAGCAACAAAAUGGAGACACUUGUGGACCUACUUAUCCGUCUUUGAUUUUAAAAUUCCAUAUCCUCUAUAUAAUAAGUCAAAAGACCAAAAUCAGAAUUCAGUAAAUUGUCUCUUAGAUCUAGUUGGAAGACUACUGCGAAAAUCUAAUUGUGUAGAAAGGCUCUCCAUUGACAUAUUUGUAAUUGCUGUUGAUGGAGAUAAAGUUAGUUCUUUAAUAUCUUCUGCUUCGAAGCACAAACUACAAUAUCUUAAACUUUCACUAGGUGUUCCAAUUCCAAAUGAUAAGUUUGCGUUACCCCAUUGUUUCUCGGCAUUUGAGUCAUUGAAUGAACUUUGUUUAGGACUCAGGUUCACUCUUUGUAUUCCUAGUGAUAUUUGUUUCCCUAGUCUGAAGAAAUUAGUAGUUUCAGAUGUUGAAUUUGCAAAUGAGGAGUCGGUUCAACAACUUUUCUCUGGGUGCCCUGUCUUACAAGAGUUGACCUUGUACAAUUGUUAUUGGGAGAAUAUAGAGCAGAUCAAUAUUGCAAUUUCCACAUUAAGGAAGUUGACCAUCUAUUUCGACCCUUGUUGUGUAGAUGAUGAGGAUGAUUAUAUGACAGUCAUGAUUGAUGCUGUGAAUCUUUUAUCUUUAAGUUGCACAUGCCAUGCAGCAAUACGAUUUAUCCCUGUUAACUUGACCUCCAUAGUUGAUGCGCAUGUUCAUCUUGAGGAUGACAGUCAACUUGUACCUGUACUAUAUGUUGCUCAUUGUAUAUUUGAGCUAUUGAGUGGACUUAAUAAUGUCAAAUCUCUCGAUAUAACAAAUGAUACUCUUGAGUGUCUUAUUGACCGUACAGAGGUUGACCUCAAUCUCCUUCCCACAUUUCACAAUUUAACACAUCUUUAUGUGUAUAAUUUUACUGACGAGUCUACUGCUACUAGUGGAGUAUUACCUGAUAUUCUCCGAAAGACUCCUAAACUGGAAUUUCUUUAUAUUCCUACUGUGGUACGUGAAUACUUGGAUGGUGAAGAUUCGUUAUUGAACUCAUUGCCUUGCUGCUUAAAAUCCUCUCUCAAACGAUUAUGCAUUUUAUAUUUUUCUGGAGAUGAAGAUGAAAUUGAGUUUGUUAGGCUUUUCUUAAAAAAUGCCCCAUUUUUAGGGGAGAUCCAGUUAUUCUGUGUGAGAUCUUUAUUAGCUAAUGUGGAGAAGGUGGCUGAUAUCCAGGACCAGUUGCAAUCUGUACGCCCAGGAGCAUGUGUCAUCAAAUUUUUGAAUGGCUCAGCACAAAGACAGUACAAUCUCCUGGCCAAAUUUAGAUAAUGUGGGUG